UUAUGAUAAUAUACACUUUAGAUAACGGGCAUAGAUCUCCCGGUAUUCCAUCAAUUUAAUACACCCGCUUAUGGCUGUCACUGCAUUAGGAACACUGAGCACGACCAACUUUACUACUCACGAUGUCACACCAACUCUCAGAGCAGACCCACGACUAUCCUGCAUUUGCAAUAGCUGUCAUCUCUCUUUCGACACCAAUGAAGCGCAAAGAGAACACAUGAAGUCUUCUUGGCACGUAUACAAUCUGAAGAGACGCAUAGUCUCCCUACCACCAAUUCCAUUGAGCGUCUUCGAGGGACAGAUUCAAAUAGUAGAAGCACCUAUAAUCACCGUUUCUCGGGACGAUCAUCCAAAGAAAGAGGAAGAGGAACUAGAUUCACCAUUCCAAUGUCUCUUCUGUCAUCUAACAUUCAUGAAUGACCAUGAGGAGGUACGAGACGUCAUCGAACACAUGUCCACCGCCCACGGUUUUUUCAUUCCAGACCAAGCUAUGCUGUCAGACUCGACGAGCUUCUUGGGAUACUUGCGUACCCAAGUCCGCGUGUGGCACGAAUGCUUGUACUGUGGGAUCGUGAGAACAUCCACCUGGGCAAUACAAGCUCAUAUGAAGGACAGCGGCCACUGUCGUUUGAACUUCGAGAGAGAACCCGAACUGUCCGAAUUUUGGGAGAGUAGCAAGAGCACAGCAAACAGCACAACCAGCGUUCCUCUCCAGAAGAGUAGAAGGGGUGUUCGCGAGCUGAAGCCAGCGUAUGGGAGGAUGGUGGUGUCGGACACAAGUCACGGAGCCCGCCGGCGAGAAGAACGGGGGCAGGCAGAGUCGCUACUAAGGCCGGAGCAACUUGAGCCUCAAGCUUUAUCCAAGCGUCACCGUUGUCAUCAGCUCGUCCGCCUGGAUGAGCAAGGCAUCUCGAACAUCAGCCCUCAACAGCGCCACGCCCUUGUGGUAGCCGUGAAGAGGUCUCAGAAAGAUGCGGCUAUGUCGACAAGAGCAAAGGAGUGGACGGUCGCUCGGAAAGCCAACAAGCAGAAGCAUGAUCAAAGCCAUGGCCCUUUGUCGUGGGCAAAAGGUGGUAUGCACAACUUGCUACCAAGAUAGUUUGAAGUUAUUAGUACUUGUUAGAACUUUCAGCGAGCAUGUCAAAUUGUAAUUUACCGUAAUGGCUGUUUCGGGAAACCCUACUGUAUUAUAAUAUUUAGGAGAGUACAUGGCGUGAGGCCUAGAUUUAGACCAUUGGAGAAGUACCCUCAGUAACAUUAAGAUACGAUAUAGAGAGGAAGAGAACGUCUCUAUCAAGAUUCCGCCGACUAAGUAGGCUAUACACCUAGUACCUUACUUACCGAAUAGUAAUGUGUAUGCACUGGAUAUGGUCGACCCAGAUAGAUACUUCUUUCUUUCUCAUUUUUUUCUUCUAUCUAGAUAAACCCUGUGGUCUCGAAUUUCA